UAGAACGUUUCGUUGUUUCGUUCGCUGUGCGUGUUGUUGUGUUUGUUGCUGUUGCUGUUGCUGAGACGAGUAUUGCGCAAAAAUGAGCGAGUGUAAGCCGCAUCGAGAUCUGAAGGAGGACGAGAAGGCAAUGGAGAUACUGCUGGAGCUCAAUCUUAAACAGAAGCUGGCCACCCGGCUCGGCAUCCUGCUGGUGGGCAGUAUCAUCUUUGGCCUCUUCUGCUACGAUAGCGCCUUGGCCAGCCUAACACUUGGCGCCCUCUUGGCCCUCAUGCUGCGUAAUCCCACAAAUGUCUUUGCGCUGGUUAUGACCUGUCACAGGGAUAUCAUCGCCCUUCAUCGUUUUGUUGCCCUCAACUUGUAUCUUCUGCGCAAGGAUCGCAAAGGCUGCACCGUAGCGCAUUGCUUUGAGGAGCAGGCGCGGCGGCAGCCGGAAAAGAUCUGCUUCAUAAUGGACGAGCGUCGUCUGAGCUUUGCGCAGGCGCUGCGGCUCAGCCAGCAGGUGGCGGGCUACUUCCAGCAGCGCGGCCUGCAGCGCGGCGACUGCGUGGCGCUGCUGAUGGAGACACGAGUGGAGUACACCUGCAUCUGGCUGGGUCUGAGCCAGCUGGGCGUCAUAACGGCGCUGAUAAACUCCCAUCUGCGCGGUGACUCGCUGCUGCACUGCAUCCGUGUGGCCAAGGCCUGCGCCCUGAUUGUGGGCAGCGAGCUGAGCGAUGUGCUCCAGACGCUGCCGCCACUUGAGCUCUCCAUCUAUCAGUAUACGGACGUGGAUCAGCACGAGCUGCUGCCAGGUGCCAUCGAGCUGACCAGCGCUCUGGCCGCACAGGCACCGCUGCCGCUGAGCCGCAACCCGCCGAGCAACGCCCGGGAUAAGCUGCUGUAUGUUUAUACCUCCGGCACCACUGGCCUGCCCAAGGCGGCGGUCAUCACAAAUCUGAGGUUUCUGUUCAUGUCCGCGGGCGCCUUCUAUAUGCUGCGACUGAAUCGCGAUGAUGUGAUUUAUAAUCCUCUGCCGCUCUACCACACGGCUGGAGGCAUUGUGGGCGUGGGCAACGCCUUGCUUAAUGGCUGCACAGUGGUGUUGCGCAAGAAGUUCUCCGCCUCGAAUUUCUGGAGCGACUGCUGCCAGUACGACUGCACCGUGGCACAGUAUAUUGGUGAGCUGUGUCGCUAUCUACUUGCCACGCCCUACAAACACGCCCCACAGCAGCCGCUGCAUCAGCUGCGGCUGAUGUACGGCAACGGGCUGAGGCCGCAGAUCUGGACGCAGUUCGUCUCGCGCUUCGGCAUACCGCACAUUGGCGAAAUCUAUGGCGCCACCGAGGGUAAUUCCAAUCUGAUCAACAUCACGAAUCGCAUUGGCGCCAUUGGCUUUGUGCCAGUCUUCGGUCGCAGCCUCUAUCCCGUCCAGAUACUGCGCUGCGACGAGCUCACGGGUGAGCCGCUGCGCAACGCAAAGGGCCACUGCAUGCGCUGCGCUCCCGGCGAGGUGGGCCUUCUGGUGGGUAAGGUGGAUGCGCGGCGUGCUGUCAGCGCUUUCCAUGGAUACGCGGACAAGGCGGCUUCCGAGCAGAAGCUGCUGCGCAAUGUCUACACCAAGGGCGACUGCUACUUCAACUCGGGCGAUAUGGUCGUCUGUGAUAUCUUGGGCUAUUUCUACUUUAAGGAUCGCACCGGCGACACCUUCCGCUGGCGCGGCGAAAACGUUGCUACCCAAGAGGUGGAGGCCAUCAUCACCAACUGCAUUGGACUCAGCGACUGCGUCGUCUACGGCGUGCAGAUACCUCACGUGGAGGGCAAGGCUGGCAUGGCGGCCAUUGUGGAUCCCACACAAAAGGUGGACAUGGAUUAUCUGUCCAUUGUGAUACGCGGCAGUUUGCCGCCAUACGCGCGACCCCUGUUCAUCCGGCUGCUGGACGAGAUACCGCGCACGGCCACCUUUAAGCUAAAGAAACGCGAGCUGGCGCUGGAGGGCUAUAAUCUGGAGGUGGUAAAGGAUCCCAUAUACUAUCUGAAUCGCGAUGGGGUCUAUCGACAGCUCAGCGGGGAGCAGUACGCGUCACUGCAGGCGGGCACUGCGGGUCUCUGAGAGAAUCUGAAAGGAAUGCCGGUUCGCUCACUUAGACUUAAGUUAGCUUGUAUAUAUACACACACAUAUACACACACGCACACACUCCAAAAACACACACAGACGUACAGUUACUUCCAAAUGUAUUUUAACACUUAAAAGAAACGACUGAU